ACUAAGCUCGUGUAGCGUAAUGGUAUGAGGAAGUCUUUACAAUGCUCCAGUACUGAACACAUCUGAUUGACCAUGGACUGGCAAAGUGGCCUGAAAGAAAAUCCCGUGACAUCACAGUUUUUGGCUAGUUGUGCUCGUCAGAAUUUUAUAAGUGUUAUUUGUAUAUGUCUGAAUAUGUCGAAAGCAUGAGAUGGUAUCACAGUUUGGUUCCCCCAACCUUGUCCUGGUAUGCUCAAAGAAGGCACGGAUUUUGAUUGUGAGUAUGCCUUCUCCAGUGCCACAGGUUUAUGUAAAAUGAGCACGAAAAGACGGAUAUUGCAUAUUGGUGUGUUUCAGAAGGAAAUGAUAUAGAACGCCCACGGUGAGAGGCCACAUCUUCGAAUGACUUUCACAUACAUUUAACAAUCACGUGGUGACUUCACUGAUUCUUUAGCCUGUCCGUUUGCGAUGGCGGAUUUUGUUGUGCCGCGACACAGCGCGGUAAUGGAGCGGCUGCGUCGGCGGCUCGAACUCAUCAGGCGGCACCACAGCAGCUGCGAGAGCCGCUUCAACAGUACGGCGACGGAGCGGCUGGAAGUCGAGCGGCAGCAAACUCUCGCUUUACACCAGCGCUGCUUGCAAACCAAGGCCAAACGGACAAGCAAGCACAGGCAGCCGCUGCCGGGGUCCGUCCAGGUAGUGCAGAGAGGAGGCGGAUCCGUGGGCAGUAACUCCGACCUCCCGGACAGCGGAGCUGGAGAGAGCAGAAACAGCACUCUGAUAGCGCUACAGGAGACUGUGAAGAGAAAACUAGAGAGCACAGUAUCUCUUCUGAAUGGAGACCAGCCCAAUGCUGUCAGGAAUGGAUUCUCUCUCUCCCAGAAGCCAUGUGUGGAGGAUGACAUGGAUGCAGAAGUGAAGGGGGGCUCCAGUGCUCUCCAGUCCCCUCUGGAUAGCAAGCACAUGUGGCCCCGGGGCACACCUGCACCCCAUGGGGACUCCUCCCUGGUCCCAGAUGAGAAUGGCAACAAGGAACACUGGGAAACUGGUCUUAAUAUGACCCAGGAUCUGAAGCAGGAGCCAGUAGAAGAUAUCCUACCCUGCAUGCUGCCCUCUGGUGGCUGUAUGAUGAACAACAACCUGCUCCCUGACCUCAACUUGAACGAGCAGGAGUGGAAGGAGUUGAUGGAGGAGCUGGAUGACAUGGACAUCUUCAUUGAGGGGUUUGAGGACCGCAAGGACCCCGAGCUCUCUGCCCACAACCCUCAGGCUCCCCUGCCCACAGACCCCCUCAGCGUCAAGGGGGACAUCCAUUCAAGCUGGGCCACUGUGGACCAGGAUCCCUCACCCAGCUGUGCUCAGGGAAAAGCCACCUCCUGCAGACCCCCUUUGAACAUCAGUGCCGGUCCUACUGACCCCCCAAAACAUGGCCCUAAGCCCUAUCCUCCACCCCACCCCCAGCCCCUGCCCCAGCAGCGCCUCCUCCCUCUGCCCUCCUCCACAGACCCCUGUCCUGCACAGCAGCUGGCUCCGGAAGAACAGCAGAAUCCACAGUUGAUGCAGCGUCACGAGCAGCCUGUGAAACCCCAUGCGCAUGCCCUACAGCCUUCAUGGCCGCAGACGACCUCCUCCCAAAACACACUGGGUGGGACCUACAGCCCGAAUCAGCCCGCUGAACCCUCCUCCUACCUGCAGGACUUCCCCAGUACGAAUCAGCCGCCUGCAUCUGUCCAGCCAAGCAGCGGCUCUUCAAAAAGGGGUGCCAGCGAGGUCCUCCCCAACAGCGGCCACUCCAGCCUGCCAAGCCAUCCCGCGGGGGGCAGUGUGGGCCCUGCACUAGACUACAGGAAUACCAAACCCCUGUGCCACUAUGAGCAGGCCCCAGCGCCACAGAGACCUCCCCCUGAACAGAGGGAGGCCCUCCUGUACCUGCUCCAACAGCAGUCAAGGAGGCAGGGAGAGAGGCAGCCAUUCCCUCCGCACCUGCCCCACCCCCAGCAGGAGCAGAGUUCGACCCUGCCCACACCUCCCGUCUCAGGUCAGCCCUCCACUUCCACCACGGCUGGUAACCAUACCAACAGGGUCCACCUAAAGCCACCACAGAAUCAGGUAAUGGAGCGAUUCCUCAUCAGCCAAAGGCAAAAGCUCCUCAUGCAACAGGAGAAGCAGCAGGAGCAGCAGCUGCAGAGACACCUGACUCGCCAACCCCCUCCAUACCAGAGCCAACAGACCCCUCAGAACCCUCUUAACCAUUUUACAGGUUCCUGCCAGGGCAUGGCACCUAUGGGCAGGCCUGAAGGUUUGGCCACAGGGGGGCAGCGCAUGUUCUCUCAGGCACAAAGCAUGAUGGAAAUGAGGGUGGGGCAGACUGUAGGGCGUGUGCCAAGCCAUGCAGAUAUGGUACUUCAGUCCUGCAACAGCCUGGGCCCGGGCCUUCACACAGUGCGAUCUCAGUCCUCACAGCCACACCCAAUCAGAUCCACCCCCUUGCAGUGUCCCCCGGUCAGCUCUGCCCCUUUGCAAAGGCCCCUUGUUGGCUCGGCUCCCCUGCAGAGGCCCCCUGCUGGCCCUGCCCCCCUGCAGCAGCACUUCAAUGGCAGCAUGGCGGCUGCCUUUGGACAGAAUCAGUUGGUUCCGCCACAGCACCCGUGCCAGCCAUGGAAGCAGAGCAUGCAGGUGUUGCCUGGAGAAGGAGGCCUUCCAGGACUCAGCAAUAAUAACCCUGUCUUCCACAAGCAGGCUCACCUGUUUAAAAUGCCCAACAGCACCCCCUGCACCCAGCCUGCCAUCAACAGCAGCCAGCACCUGGCCACCAAGAGCUCUGCCCAUAUUAUGGUCUCACCCACUCAGCACAGAGCGAGGCCGUUCUCACCUCUCCAACCUCCCCUGUCCCAGCAGCCGUCCCAGAGGCAGCCAGGGGACUUCAGCCAUUUCACUCAUGGCCAGAGCAAAGAGGUAGACAGCUGUCCCAUCCUGCAGUGUAACCAGGGCUAUCAGGUAAGCAGGACAGCCAAUCGGGACCUUUCGUUUGAAUACAGCGGCCAAUCCGGGGGCAGGUUACCCAGCUUUCCUGAGGAGAGUGAUUUCAUGGACUCACUGCUGAAGAGCCAGAUGUCACAGGAGUGGAUGGACAAUCUGGACAAGUUGCUGGCUAACCACCAAUGAGUGCCUCAAGAUUCAAUCACCUCAGACUGCAAGGAAAUGUAAGUCAAUUGUAACUGAGUGUUAGCAGGCACUGGCUAAUGAUUGCUGAGUGAGUCACAUAACUGGCCUGUCAGCAGUCAGAUGAAAGAUUUGUUACUGCAAAUGAAUACAGAGUACAUGAAUGUAGGACCAAGCCCCAUCAUUUCAUGAGAUUCCAUGGGAUGGGACAAUGGUAUGGUUCUGUUCACGUAUCACUGUCACCUUUGAAGGAGGACUUUCCCACCUUGUGUCCACACCAUUCAAACACAUGUACAAAGACAUACACAUACACAUAUCCACACCAUACACAUGGCCUGUGACUUGUGCUGAAAAGAUAUCUCUGCAGAAUGGUGAUUGGCAGAAUCUGCCCAGUCUUUCUGUGGCUGAUUGGAUUGUUCUUCUGUCCUUCACCUGUGUGACUGUGACUGGCUCAUGUUCCUGGUUAUUACACUGUGAUUUGCUUUUUUUUCCAGGACUACUAGGCUCAUCAACUGGCCCUUUCUCCUGGCCUAUGUACUGUGACUGGUUCUUUUUCUUGGACUGAUAGGCUGUAAUUGGCUGCAAUAUCCUGUGCAUAUGCAUCAGUUUUGCCAUUUUCUUCUUCAGAAGGGCAGUGCGGCAUCACCUCUUCAGACCCUCGCUGUUCUUGUGAGCCAACAGUGUGUGAUUCGCCUGCCUGGGGUGCAGCAGUGGCACUGUGGGCAGAGGGAGGUUUGGGGGGUCUGGCUGCGAUUAAUGCUCUCUCUCUCUCAAUAGGGAUCCAAUCUAAAGCCUCAUAUAAACCACAUGGAUGUGAGGUGCUGCUACCAGCAAUGCCUCUGAAACCUGCCUCUGCACAUCUUGGCACUGUGCUAUGCAAAUGCGAGUGUGCAUUACACUAUUAAAGAAGACUGGCCUUAUAGAGGUGAGGAAAGAGGUGAACAAAAUGGGGCCUGGGAUUAGAAUAGUAUUCCGUGCACAGAUGACUGGCAGCCUUAGUUUUUCCCAGGGCCUGUAGCUCUGCCAGGAUUAUUGCCUGGAAUAUUACUGAAGUAUUACAUUGGUUUAAUCUGCACAUCCAGAUUGCACUUUAAACUGGAUUUGAUGUGUUCUCCCCCUGCUGGUCAUGUGUUGCCUUAGAUUAAGAAUGUGUACCUGAUCUACCACAGGAAACUUUAAGGGCUCCUGAGCUAAAGGUGAUUUGCACCCGAGAAAGAGUGUGUUUAUUCCCACCAGUUUAUGCAGCAUUCGGUUCUACCAAAUAGCACAGCACAGGUGUCUUUAAAGGAUGCACAUCUGCUUCCAACAGAGGAUAACUGUUUGGAAUAACUGCCUGUUUACGAGCACAGUACAUUUAAUGCAAUAAUACUGAGAUUUAUUUACAUCUGAAUGUGUGCAGUUGUUCACGGUUGGUCGUUGAUUCUUUCCUGUGGUUUACUCUUCAUUAAGUAUGCAGUAAACACCAUAUGAAUGCAAGUUGUUUCACGCUGAUAUUCUCAGUGAGUGGGUGAGGUUUGUUUUUUUCAGAGAUUCUCAGAUAUUUAUGUAUAAUUUAUAAUAUGAUUGUAUUCCUGCUGUCCAGGAAUGAUAAGGAUUUGUUUUGUUAUGUAUAUU